UUGCGCUGGAAUUGUGAUGCGGGCUAUUAUCGAGGAGUCAGAUGUGGAAACAUCGAAAGCAAUGCAGAUGCUAGCACUCACAGAGGGCGCAUUUUUGACGCAUCUGAGGUUGAAAUACGCUUACUGACGACAGGAAAAGAUCUGGAAGUUCUCACAAAUAAACAACUAAGUGGUCACUUGAUCGGUCUCUGGAUUGCGGAUAACCGUCCAGCGAAUGAUCUGCUGAGUCGAUGUCUGCCUCGUGGUCUUUUGGACUUCCUGGAAUCUAACGAUCCAGUGCCGGUGAAGGAGCAGGAUUUGUUAAUUCCCCGAAAUAAUUUGGAAGCGGCAACAAACGAAAUACGACAGAGCGCAUUCAAGGAAAAACUAGAGAAUUUCAGAGUGACAGCUGAGGCUGGCCUGGAACGAUUUAUACAGCAUUGGGAUCUUGAACAAAAAUUGAAUUUCUUGCCGAAGAAGACUGAUGAUAAACAGCGUCAGCGGCCGGUGGUUUUGCGAAAAAGGCGGCAACGGGUCAGAAACUCAGUGAACUGGAAGCUGUUUGCUUACCAGUUUGGUAGGGAUCACUCUCAAGCUGAUCUGUUGUGGAAUGAAAAGACGAGAGAAGAGUUCCGGUUAUCUAUAGAAGGUGAACUUCGAGCAUUGCUGAACGAAAAGGAACAGGCACCAGCGGAUAUGCCGAUAUCGUGGAACCAUACAGAAUUUCAGACUAAUUACCCCUCAUUACAAGAUGAAGUGAAAAUUGGGGACUACUACCUCCGCCUGCUACUUCAGGAAGCCGAUGAAUCUGCUACUCCUAUUCAUAACCCAACCGAAUUUUUCAACAACGUCUAUCAUCGCUUUCUGUUGUCCUCGAGAAGUGAGAUGAGGUGCUUAUGUUUGCGUGCGAUGGCUGUCACUUACGGCCGUCAUCACAUGACAAUAGGACCUUUUGAAGAUGCACGACAUUUUGUCAACAUGCUCACCAAGUGUACCAAUGCAGCAGA